AUGUAUGGCGAGUGCCUCUUUGGUAAAGGGGUAGGCAAGGCCCUGACUCUCUUACUAAGCUACGAUGUUUACGGGAGCUUUGUGAUCCAACGGGUGCUUCAACUGAAUGACGUGCGUUGCACGUAUAACAUUGCGGUUAGCCUCCGUGGCAACUGCGUCGAGCUCGCGUUUCAGAAGUACGGAAGAUAUAUCGUGGAGAAGCUUUUGGAGACGGAGGAGUCGAGGGUUGAGGUGGUGACGGAGCUUUUCUGGUGCGAGGGACACAGGCUGAUGAGGCUGGCGAGGAGUGAACAAGGUUUAGAGAAUGAGCCUGAUGAUCCAGCACCUUCAGAUAAUCUGAAUGAAGUUGGAAAAUUCAUGUAUGGCUCAUAAUGCAUCAAGCAAAACCAUUUACAGAACCAAAUUAAUGGGCUCAAGAUCACGGAUGCAGAGAAAUCAAACAAAAGGUAUUGAGAUUUGGGACAAAUGCUUCGAUAAGACUUGAAGUUGAUAGUCACUUUCAUACGACUUAUUUUCUUAUUAGGACCAAAUCAUGAAUUAAGGAUUGAUGAGGAUUACAAUAUGACAAGCAGUUCUAAGAAAUUUGAAUGAAGUGGGAUACUAAAUGAUGUGAUUCAAUUAACAGAUGCUGAGAAUUCACAUUCAGUUUCUGAAUAUCAUUUCCCAAAUCUGUAAUGAACAUCAAAACAUCAACAAAUCAGAAAUGUGGAUACUAAGAACUGAUAGUCUGAUAGAUUUAUCGAUAGUGGUCAAAAUAUCAUUUUCUUUUGCACCAACAAAAUAAAUAAAUUCUUUCUGGAUAAAUCAAAAACUGCGAUUUCAAGCUUUAACAAACUUAAAAAAUAACUAU